AUGCCGGAAACCCGUGCUAGACUACGGGCUAGAAGGUCUGAUAUUGGAGAAGAUACAAGCCUGGAGGAAAGAACUUACAGUCCGCUUACUAUUGAACGUGUGCGAGAACGCCCUUGUAAGGUCGAUACAGAGUGCACAACAAAACAGUGGAAGAGCAUAGACUUAACUAGAGAAAACCUGCAAAGGUUCAACAAAAUGGCAGGACAUGAAUCACCAUCGGCUUGCGAGACUAGGACAGCGAAGCGAGCAAAGACUACCUCAACGAGCGCCACAUUUGACCAGCAGUUGGCCGAAAAUGGAGUACUAUCUCCACGAUAUUCACAGACACCUUCUAACUAUAAAGCCCGAAAGAAACAGCUCCUGCAAAAGCGUCAAUCACCAGAACCAACUGAAGAAGAGUUCAAGCAUUACGAAACGCAGGUUGGAGGUGGGUCUAAUGAAGCCUCGACGAGCCAGCAUGCCGUCGCAAGGCUCUUGAACUGGAGGCAUCUGGAAGUAGGUUUCAAGUGGCAAUCUGACCGUCCAUUCUCAGAAUUACCACCUGAUCUGAAUUUCAAUAAAUCGCUUCCCAAACCUCAACCCGAUCUGGUGGAAGGAUUGGAAACACAAAAUUUCAAACCUUUCAGAGUAAGGAAGAAGUUUGGUGGUGAGGCGGUCUUCUUCUCAGACUCAAGCUCCAUUGCAUUGCCGCAUCUGGUGGGAGAGCUCAAAAGCGGCAAAGGUUCCGAGUACGAAGCUACGCGUCAGGCGGCUUAUGACGGAGCUGCACUUGUGAAUGGGUACGAGAAAGCACUCGAUCAUCUGGCUGCGUACGAAGGCAAGCGGCCGUGGAAGAAGACCCGAGCUGUAAUUACGUCUUUCUGCUUGUUGCCGACAUCUCUGUCCAUAUACAGCCAUCACUCGUCGAUAAAUGACGAAGGUGAAGAAGAGUACCAUCAAACACUACUUGCUGCCCAGAACAUGGCUACAUUCGAAGGCUGGAAGCAGGGUCGAAUGUUGCUCCGUAACGCGCAGCAAUAUUCCCAAGAGAGAACAUUGGAGCUUCGAGAUCGGCUGAGGGCAACAGUACCGAAAAAGUAA